AUGCGCACUUCAGGAAGUGAAGAACCCAUCACUUCGGUUGAGGUGGUGGGGCAGCAUGCGUUGAAGAUGGGUUGGAUGGAGAAGGAGACAGAAGAGAAGAUGUUCAAGUCUUGGCAAUCAAGGUUCGCCAUCCUCACAGGAUGGGAUGGGCGCGAAGCACACAUUUUCUAUUACGACAAGGAGACGGAUAAGGCAAGGGAGGCCAGUGGGAUUUUGUUCAUACACGACAUGGAGCUACAGCAAGACAAGGACGAGCAUAUCCUGACGCUGCAGGGGAGCCAAAGGAGGUUUCGAUUUCGCUGCUCGACUAGCGAACUAGCAAGGUGCAAGGCAGGGGAAUCGAGCAUGGCGUGGAUGGCGGAGAAGCAUGCGAAGACGUGCGAGAAAUGCCGACAGGUGUUUGAGGCUGACGUGUUCUCUGCAACCAACAGGAAGCAUCAUUGCAGAUGCUGCGGCAGGAUCUUUUGUUCAGUUUGCAGCUCCAACGACAAAAUCUCCCUUGCGCCUUACAAGGACCCUGUAAGGUGCUGCAACCUGUGCUCGGAUACGCAGCAGCAUCUUAUCUCUGAGAUGCGGGAGCGACAACUCCGAGUGGAGAAGUUCGUGGCGAAGUACCUCGAGCUGCUCGAGACUGGAGGACACUUUGUGGAUGGCGAGAGAUCGGACGUACAGCGAGACAUCAAGAUCGACGGGGCGAUGGGAACUUCCUUGCAGUUCCGCAACCUGAUCAUCACCGAGACUGUGGACGUUUCAGCCCUGGCGGACAAGAGCUUCGCCACAGGCGUCGGGAUUGCGCAUGGGAUCAAGGCGGCGACGCUGCGGGGCAUCAAGACAAUUCGGGGAGUCCACAAGGUCGACAGCACGCAUAUCGUCAACGCCUUCCGGCCCGAGCAGGCGCGGCAGAACAUCGUGGGAGCAGCAGCGACGGUGGGAGGAGGAGUGGUUGGGUUUGCUAAGGACACUAUCGCCAUGGCCAACACCAUCAUGGAUGGGGUUGAGGGGCCGCGGGUGCGGAACGUGAUGAUCAAGGACAUCAUAGGGGCGUCGGACUGCGCGGGGAACCCUGUGAUGAUCAAGACGCUGAACAAGAAGGCUAUCAACGGCUUCGUCAUCAUGUUCAAGGACGAGGAGGGGGAGGAGAAGGACCUUGUGUGCAUCGCCGAGUCGUCGGAGGAGAAGAGCGCAUGGCUGAGCGCUCUGACCGAGCUCAAGGUCGUGGCCGACGACGCUGGGGCGGAUCUCCUGGUCUUCAAGAAAGAGAUGGACCAGCGCAAUGAAGACAUCAAGGCCAAGAUCUCGCAGAGGAAGCAGAUGCGCAAGCACAAGGUCAUGAGGGAAGCCGGUGCGCUCCCCUCUAGCCCGGAGAACGAGAACGAAUGA